AUGAAGAAGACAACCUUGUCCCGGCAACUGAAUGCCGAUAGCAAGCCCUUUGACGAGUUCCGGAGAAGAGCUGUCGCAGCUGCGGCGAAGUAUCCAGAAGCGAUACAUGCUGAUAUGACACUGGACCUUUGCGAAUGGCUUGAUGGCGCGGACGAAGGUGUAGAAGAGCAUGGCCUGAAGUCCGCACAAGAUCUUGAGGCGGAAAGCAAAGGCGUCGUUCGAGUGAUCUUUGCCCCACGAGACGUACCCACACCAGGCGCGGAACUACUGCUUGAGUUGUUCGAGACAUGCGGUAUCCCAAGCGCCUUCGUCGAUGAGAGCCUGCGAGCGGUUUCGCAAUCAUUCGCAGCGCGCGAAGACGCCGAUGGCACUACUUGGAUCUGGUUCCACCUCUUGUGCAAAACGUUAGCAGUGGUCGAGAACAGGAUCGUGCCGGACGACGACCCUGCAGAGAUCGAGAGCAAACAAGCAAAGAGUCGACAGUCGGCGCCAGCUCAAAGUCAGGCGAACUUCUCUUGGAUCAAGCCUGGUAUUGUGCUGAAGAUUCGGAAGCAGUCAGAUACUCCGCCUACGCCGGUACGGACCUCAACUUCAGACAGCGACACGACAUUGGCACCCACUUCAACCCAAGCCAGGGUAGAGCUGAUAUGUUUCGGCGCACCCAGCACCCUACGGGACCGAAUUCGGGCACUGACGAAGACGACAUCGUGCGAGGCAUUGCUGGAAGAUCCGCAUAUGCUGCUCGAGCUCGUGUUCGAGGAGAUGUAUAAGCUCCUGGACUGGACAGCCUGGGCUGUGUCGGAUACGUUCGGGCCUUUGGAGACGCAAACCUUAGGGAUAGCCAGUAGGGUCGGGAAAGCGACAGAGGAACUGCCAAAGGACCUCUUCACCGGGCUCCACAACCUGGCCAAGCAUGCCAUAUACCUCCACGAGAACUGUGAAGCAGCAUUAGCCACACUAAACGAUCUGUAUACCCAUAAUACAGCGCUGAUGGGCACUGGCUCGAGCACCUUGCAGAGACAAACCCGAGAGGCACUCAAAUAUCGACAGACUCUAUUCGAAUCGACGCAGCGACGGCUGACAAGUCUCAAUGCGCGGAUCUCGAACAUCAUCGGCUUAUCGUUCAACAUCGUCACGCAGGGCGAUAGCAAAUUGAUGCAGUCGGAGAACCAGAGUAUGAAGACAAUCGCCGUCAUGACGCUAUGGUUCAUGCCGCUAGGCACGGUAGCUUCCAUCUUCGGUAGCCAGUUCAUGAAGCUGCAGGAUGAGUGGCCGCAUCAUAUUACCGUCUCGCAGGACUUUUGGCUGAUGUGGGGUAUGUGA